AUGGAUAAUCAUUCAUGGUGUUAUCCAACUUGCGUUCAAUGUCAUAGAAAAACUGACAUCCAAACAGGAGCAUUCACAUGCGGAUGUGGCAAAGAUAAUGAUCAGCCUGUUCUAAGGUAUAGAGUUGAAGUAAUGGUUAGCCAAAACAGUGACAGUAGCAAGUUUUUGCACUGGGACCGUGAAUGUGCUGAAUUGAUUGGUCAAAUAGCGGAUGAAGUGAAUAGGGUCAAGAUUGAAGAUGGUGAUGUUGAUUUGAAUGCUUCUCAUCAAGUACUUGAUAGGUUGUUGGGUUAUGUGUUUGCUUUUAAGGUCAGGAUUCAAUCAAAAUUCAGGAAUGCCAUUGUUCUUAGAUACUCAAAUGAAUUAGAUUUGAUCAAUGUUGUGCUCAACAUGCUGGCUGAUACUGAGCAAUCUCUGUUUGUGACAGCAGGCCAUGAUCCAGUUGCAGGAUUCCCUUUAACGCCCAAAAAAUGCCUAUCAUCUGAUGACGUUGAUGUUGAGUUAGGAAGCUCCCAGAUUUCCCCAGCCCAACUAUCGUCUAACAAAUUAACAAGACAUUUUGAUAAGAGUUAA